GAACCCCUGAACCCCGAUCUUUGUGUAGACCUGUUUUUAGGUUAUCGGAGUGUCAUGCCCCAUUGCACCCACUCACAUUCAUUUUGCAUUAGGUAAGAUCAUGCAUUAGACAUGGAUUUUACCGAGGAUACAACUAAACAAGGGAAGAGACUUGGUGAAGAUGUCACAUCUCACUCUACUGCUAAGAGAGCUAAGGAGUCAAUCUUUUCAGUCAAUACCUCCAAACCCGACUUGAAGUUGUUGAAAGAGGCUUAUGGCUUGUUGUCCUUUAGGGAAAAGCAUGACUUUGAGAUCCGAUUUGGGUGCAUUGGGGAUCUAUUGUCAGUGGUGCCAGAUUGGGACUUGUUCAGAGCCAUGUUGAAAUUCUAUGUGCCAGAAUAUCAAGCUUUUGUGUUCCCACAAUUUGAGUUGGUGCCCACCAUUGAUGAGUAUCAUCACUUUUUGCGAUAUAGUCCUGCAAUGGAUUCUUGUACCUUCACUCUUCAAGCACAACAUAUGAAGUUCACAUUAGAAAAAGUUCAAGAAAUGUUGCAAGCUAUGUGGGGCUUUUCAUUUGACUUCUCACAACCAUUGGUAACAACUAGAGAGGACUCUUAUGGGUUCAAUUGGAAUGCGGCAUUAAUGGCUUUGGGAAAGGGAUUGGAAUGCAUGACAUCUUCUCAAAGGAUCAACUUUGUGACAUUGGGAAUUUAUGGCAUGGUGAUCUUCCCUAUCUAUGUCAAGACCGUUGCACCUAUGGUGAUAGUUUUGUUUGAGCAAUUGUUGCACACUUCGGCAUUUAAUCCUGCUACAGUGGUAGCCGAAACUUUGUGGUCUAUGAAAGAAAUCCGGGCUAAAGGAUCCGAUCGCUUCUUGGGUUGCAUUGAGUUGUUCACUACAUGGGCACAAGGUCACUUAAGGGGUCCCCAAUUUGAAGCUCUAUUCAAUGUUCCUGUGAAGGAUAAAAAGACAGAGGAUUGGCAUCGAUCACUUCUAGCAGCAAUUGCUAAUGAUGUCAGAUUUGUUCUCCCGACUUGGAGUGCCACUCAUUAUCUCGCUUCACCCGAAGGACAUCACUCUAUUCCUUUGUUGGGUAUUCAUGGAGGGUCACACUUUGAUUACAUGUCUUCCUCGGUGAUUGUUAACAAGGUAUCCGAGGCACAUAAGAUGUGGGAAAGAUGUAGGAUGGUACCCAUAUGGAAAGAGAAAGGGACUAGAUCACAAUAUGAGCAAUGGAGGUUGAGUUGGAUAGCUAAGCUCUCUUUGCCAUGGAAGGUGACAAAUAUGAAAAACUCUACCAUCAUGGACUUAAUCGCUAAGUUGGAGCUUAGCCAUGCUCAAAGAUAUCAACAAGUGGUGGAGUUAAAGGACAAGAUUGCCUUAUUGGAAAAGGAUUUCGUUGCUAGUAAGGAAAUUUGUGGAAAGCAAAAGAGGAGCUUGGACAUUGCCAAAGAACAACAAAGGAAAAGGUUGCUACGAGUAAAGGCGAAUCUUAAAGCAAGAGAAAGGAGAACAAGGAGCUUAUUGAGAGGGUGACUAAGCAGCAAGAGUUGAAAGGAAAAGUGAUUAAGUGGAGGAAUGCUUACAACCUAUUGUUUGAUUAUGAUGCUCUACAAAAGGAAUUGCAAGCAGCAAAGCAAUCAAAGCAAGGAAAGCAGGAGAGCACAACUUGAAGAACUUGGGGAAAAAUGGGUUACUUAGGAGCUUUUGUACGAAUGUUAGAAAUUCAGAUUUGUCAAUGAAAACUUGCUUGAAUGAAUACAAUCCUUCUUC